AUGGGGGAGGUGGCCCAGCGGUGAACAUCUCUCCAGGGAUGUUCAGGCCACGGGAGGUCUCAGGAGGCGAGGGCUCGGAGGCGCGGCAGUGAGCUGGGGGCGGGGGCUAGACCUAAGAGAGGCCGCCCACCCCGCCUACCCCUGGAUCCCCUCCCUUCCCAAACUGGAGGCGUCCUUUCUCCCGCGCGGCUGCGGAGCCUGCGCUGGGCGCGGGGGAGGCGGGGGGCAUCCCGGAGGGGAUCCCGUGCCCCCCUUCCAGCUGCCUGGCGCCCCCACACCCACGUGAACGCCGGGCCGGCGCGGAUCCCACCCGCUGCACAGCGCUUCGCUGCUCCACGCGGGUACCUCGGCCUUUUGGUCCUGGAGCCGGCGCUGCUCGGUCUCUGGCGGGUCCCCGCAGCCCAGGCCGGCCGCUUCGCUGGGCUCCGGCUCCUGCAUCCCGGCGCGGCGCGCAGGCCGAGGCGCGGGCAAGCUGCCCCCGCCGCUCCUGGCGCGGAUAGACGAUGAGCAGCCACGGCAACAGCCUGUUUCUGCGGGAGAGCGGCCAGCGGCUCGGCCGGGUGGGCUGGCUGCAGCGGCUGCAGGAAAGCCUGCAGCAGAGAGCGCUGCGCACGCGCUUGCGCCUGCAGACCAUGACACGCGAGCACGUGCUGCGCUUCCUGCGCCGGAAUGCCUUCAUCCUGCUGACAGUCAGUGCUGUGGUCAUUGGGGUCAGCCUGGCCUUUGCCCUGCGCCCAUACCAGCUCAGCUACCGCCAGAUCAAGUACUUUUCUUUUCCUGGAGAGCUUCUCAUGAGGAUGCUGCAGAUGCUGGUGCUGCCACUCAUUGUCUCCAGUCUGGUCACAGGUAUGGCGUCCCUGGAUAACAAGGCAACAGGGAGGAUGGGGAUGCGGGCAGCUGUGUACUACAUGGUGACCACAGUCAUCGCAGUCUUCAUCGGCAUCCUCAUGGUCACCAUCAUCCAUCCUGGGAAGGGCUCCAAGGAGGGGCUGCACCGAGAGGGCCGGAUCGAGACCAUCCCCACAGCUGAUGCCUUCAUGGACCUGGUCAGAAAUAUGUUUCCACCCAACCUUGUGGAGGCCUGCUUCAAACAGUUUAAGACGCAGUACAGCACAAGGUUGGUAACCAGGACCAUUGUGAGGACAGAUAAUGGAUCUGAGCCGGGCACCUCCAUGCCUCCUUCAUCCUCCUUGGAGAAUGGAACCAGCCUCCUGGAAAACGUCACACGGGCCUUGGGCACCCUGCACGAGGUGCUGAGCUUUGAGGAGACUGUGCCUGUGCCUGGCUCGGCUAAUGGCAUCAAUGCUCUGGGCCUUGUGGUCUUCUCGGUGGCCUUUGGGCUGGUCAUCGGUGGCAUGAAACACAAGGGCCGAGUCCUGCGGGACUUCUUCGACAGCCUCAAUGAGGCUAUUAUGAGGCUGGUGGGCAUCAUUAUCUGGUAUGCACCUGUGGGCAUCCUGUUCCUGAUUGCUGGCAAGAUCCUAGAGAUGGAAGACAUGGCUGUCCUGGGGGGUCAGCUGGGCAUGUACACCCUGACCGUCAUCGUGGGUUUGUUCCUUCAUGCCUGCGGCAUCCUGCCCCUCAUCUACUUCCUCAUCACCCAUCGAAAUCCUUUCCCCUUCAUUGGGGGCAUCCUGCAGGCCCUAAUCACUGCCAUGGGCACAUCUUCCAGCUCUGCGACACUGCCAAUCACCUUCCGCUGUCUGGAGGAGGGCCUGGGUGUGGACCGCCGCAUCACCAGGUUCGUGCUGCCCGUGGGGGCCACUGUCAACAUGGACGGCACCGCCCUCUAUGAGGCCCUGGCUGCCAUCUUCAUUGCCCAAGUCAACAACUAUGAGCUUAACCUGGGCCAGAUCACAACUAUCAGUAUCACGGCUACAGCAGCCAGUGUUGGGGCUGCUGGCAUCCCCCAGGCAGGUCUGGUCACCAUGGUCAUUGUGCUCACCUCGGUUGGCCUGCCCACUGAAGACAUCACACUUAUUAUAGCUGUGGACUGGUUCCUUGACCGACUUCGCACGAUGACCAAUGUGCUGGGGGACUCUAUUGGAGCAGCGGUCAUUGAGCAUUUGUCUCAGCGGGAGCUGGAGCUUCAGGAAGCUGAACUCACCCUCCCCAGCCUGGGGAAGCCCUACAAGUCGCUCAUGGCACAAGAGAAGGGGGCGUCCAGGGGACGGGGAGGCAAUGAAAGUGCCAUGUGAGAGCUUCCAGCUCUGCCACCCAGGGAGGAGGAACAGGGGCUAGGGAGGGGUUUCUGGGAAAGACCUAUUGCCUGAGUGUGCCCUGAACACACAUAUUCCUUCUAGCGUGUUUGGGGGGAACUCAGAUAAAGGAGCAGGAAUGAAAGAUGUCUAAGGUCUGUGUUUCUCUCUGAGCACCUGCUGAGUACUUAUGGGAAGGCAGGGAGCAAGGCAGGGGAGGAAAUGUUUUCUCUGGGAUUAAGGGUAAGGGAAGCAUCAGGUUCAACAAAAUGAGGGGUCAGUGCAUGUUCCUCCUUUCUCAAGGAGUGAUAGAACUGGAAAAGGUAAAGGAAAACCAGUAUUUCUCAUAAUAAAGCAAUAUCAAUGGC